UGUUGGGUUUCUCUCGGGCGAAAAAGCGGGUUUCGGGUAUGGCCGCAUGGCGCUCCAAAACGCCGACGCGGUUUCUAGGGCGCGGGCGAAGCUGCAGAGACUGGACAAAGAGCUUCAAGAGGCGGCGGCGCAGCACUGGGCGCGCCUGGCGGAGUUGGAGCGGCAGCUCCAGGAGGAGGAGUCGGGCCUGCGCAGGCUGGAGCAGCGCUUUGAUGCCCAGGAGCAACAGGGCCCGGAGCCUCCGCUGGUGGAGCUCUUGCGGAGUACGGUUUCGAAUCCGCAGGACAGCGCUGAGAGUGAGACGCCAUGGGCGGACCGCAUCAUUUGAGG